AUGUUAUAUCUAAUAAUUGGAUUUUUUGGUUAUUUAACUUAUGGAAAUAAUGUCAAAUCACCAAUUUAUUUAAAUUUACCUGAUGGAAUAUUAAAUAAACAUUAUAAUAAUAUCAAUAACACUACAUUUUAUAUUGCAAUAUUCAUACCUUAUUUUGCUGAUGUUAUGUCAUUAUUAGGUGCAUUGGCUAAUGGCACAUUAUUGGUUGUUAUGCCAUUAUUGUUUAUGAUUGAGGUUUUUUUGAUGGAGUAA